AUGGUUCGCGUGAAAGGUAGAGAUAACAGGGUAUAUGAAUCAACAGAAGGGUCUCGAGAAGGGGCUGCAAAUUCGGAUCCAACAAAAGCUUCGACGGACGCUUCAGUUCCAACAGAAGCUUCGACGGACGCCGCAAUUCCAAAAGAUGCUCCGACGGAUGCCGCUUCUCCAACAGAAGCUCCAAUGGAUGCCGCUGUUCUUCCAACAGAAGAACCGACGGAUGCCGCUGUAAUUGUUCCAACAGUGGAAUCCACAGAAGCAACCACCGAAGAAUUAGAAGUUUUUUCGGUUCCGGAAUUGUCUGAUAAAGAAGAGAAAGAAGAAGCCAGUGAGUCAAAGGAAGAAGAAGUCGGUGAGCAUGAUAAAGAAGUCUGUGAGUUGUCAAUUGAUGGUCAGGGUUGUGAUAACGAGGAAGAAGAGAGAGUUGUUGAUGCUGAGGGUGAAGAUGUUGCUGGUGAUAAUGAGGAGGAAGAUGUUGCUGGUGUUAUUAAGGUAAGUAACAGUUUGUAUUUGUUGUAUAUGGUGUGUUAA